AUGGUUGAAUCCACAGAGGAUGAGUUCUGGAAUACUUUCACCGAUUUCAGCUCCGAGAGCUCAUCUCAGGGCUCUCCUUCGUCCCUUUCCUCGACGUUGAGCCUUGCAUCACUGCUUCCAGACUUCGCAAAUCCGCUUCCCAAAAGCAUGGGUUCGGUUACCAUUGAUUCACUCCAUGCAAAUAGUGUUCUUUCGCUUCCAGGUGAACGCCUCCAAGGUGCUCUCUUGCAAGCUUUUGUUGAAUGCGUACAACCGACCAUGCCAAUCCUUGAAUUGCAAGGGUUUUUGAAUGCGAUCUACGGACGUAGCCAUGGCCACGGCUCGAUCAGUCUGCUUCUGUUCCAUGCCGUCAUGUUCUCUGCGACUACUUUUGUUGAUUUGAAACAUCUUCACGCUGCGGGUUACACCAGCAGGCGAGAGGCACAUGAAGCCUUUUUCCAGAAAGCUAAGCUUCUCUAUCAAGCAAAUUACGAGCAAGAUACACUCACCAUCGUGCAAGCAAUGCUUCUCUUGACCUACCGAGUUGACGCGAAAGACGGCGACGACAGCAGCUAUUGGAUCGGCGUCGCCAUCUCCAUGGCAACAUCCAUCGGCCUUCUCCAGGAUCCGGCCGGUACCAGAAACUUCGACCAUAGUUCCAGGCUAUGGAAGCGGGUCGCCUGGGCAUGUUACACAACUGACUGUCUAAUCUCAUUGAGAUUACGAUGUCGACCAAAUAUCCACGAAUUGGGUUUCAGCCACCAGAUCUUGACCGAAGACGACUUUGAGUUUUACAGUCUCGCUGCAGAGAAACAGAGCAUUUUACCCAACUGUCCGAUAGCAUAUAAUAUUGAUGCACAAAAGGAACUGGCCCGUAUGUACAUCGCGAAUACCCGAUUAUGCAUCUGCAUCAGUGAAGUCCUCGAAUUCAGAGGCAAGACCAACCACAUAUACGCAUCCGCCGGAUCACCAGUCCAAAUAAACAACACAGACGAAACUGAUCAUGCUGCGCGGGUAUCUAUUUCAGAAUACAAGCUAGCUGAUUGGGCCAACUCACUACCAUCAUCCUGCCACGCCCCCUCUGCAGAAAGUAGCAAUGCGGACGACCCAACAAUCGCCGUUCAGCGCAGUCUUCUCCAUCUACAGUUUUACACGACUAUUGCGAUCCUUCACCAAUUACAACCAUUCCCGUCAUCGAGGUUCUGCGUUCAACAUGCUGCGAGUCAAAUCACGCUAAUAGCUUCUGAGCUUCUUGAAAAAAGUUUACACAACAGGCUGUCCAUUACUGGUGUCACGUCGAUUCUCGUGGCACUGAUUAUACAUAUGUCUCAGUUGAAGGCUUCGCUCUCACCUGAGAGGAACCAGGCGGUCAAGGAUUUCCAGACGUGUUUGGAGGUGAUGGGUAGCUUGAGGGAAGUUUAUUGGGAGGCUGAAAGUAUUACUGAGUGGGCGUCGAAAGCAAUCAUGUAA